CUCGUAUCGCUCGAGAGACACUCACCGAUUCACGAGGUAAAAUUGAGUUGAAAAUGAGACCCGAUUUGUUUAUGAUGAUGUUGGCAAUCUCUGUGUCAUGCGUUAGCUUUGGAUCAAUCACGGCGACGCCUGUCUUGACGCGCGACACUUUCGAAGCCGGUGAUCCAAUCUCAGAGAAAGAAUUGAGUGACGCCAUUUUUAGCAAAGCCGCUGGGUUCGACUCGGAUGCUUUCAUUCCGUGGGACCAACAACAUCCUGAGCUUUUUGAAGGUGACAUCGUACCAACGGGCAAGAAAAACGCCAUCAUCAGUACCUAUCGAUUUUGGCCAAGUGCAAAGAUUCCCUACGUUAUUUCAGCGAGUUACACUGCCGCCCAACGAAAGGUCAUCGCCUACGCUAUGAACGAGUACCAGACAAAAACCUGCAUUCGUUUUGUUCCUCGAACUAAUGACACCAACUACCUUCAGAUCACGAAGACUGGCACCGGGUGCUGGAGCAGCGUAGGUAGAAAUGGUGGCGUGGCGGCCUAUGCUGGCCCCCAAAAGUUGAGUCUCGACGACGGCUGCGUCGCAAGCGACAGGCCUGGUGUCACCAUGCACGAGCUGAUGCACGCCAUUGGAUUUUGGCACGAACACACGCGUCCGGAUCGUGACACCUACGUGUCCGUCAAUUUGGACAACGUCAAGGAAAAAUACAGAAACAACUUCAUUAAAAAGUUGGCAGGGCAGGCCAACACUCUCGGACUGCCUUACGAUUACGGCUCCGUGAUGCAUUACCCUAAAGGAGCCUUUGCCGUUAAUCCUAGCAUCGCUGUCAUCAAAGCAAAGACAGGAAACCCUGUGUUAGGACAAAGAUCAGCAUUUAGCGCGCUCGACCUGCAGAAACUUAACAAGUUGUACAAAUGUGGGACCACCUGUUAACUGGUUUCUUCAAAGCAAACUGGCUCCUAACAACGAAAAAAUCUACCUUCCGUCUUGAUCUUCGCAGCUUUAGGUCUGUUUCUCACCUAUUAUUCUAUAGAAAUACUGGAUUGCAAAGAGGAGGUUUUCUGUUUUGUGUUCGGUGCAUUUAAUCAAUACACAUACUUUUUUGAGCAUUA